AUGCCGCCGCGACCCAAGGGCAAGGCUAAGGCCAAGCCGGCCGCUGUCGCUCCCCCCAACCUCAACUCGAACACGCCGAUCUACUCCGACUUCGAGACGAAGCUGGCCAAGAUCAAGGCGCACCCGCUCUUAGCGAACAUCGAGGAUGAGUCCGUGCUGACCAUCCCGCAGGGCGGCAGGAUGGCUCCUUUCGACGCGCAGAACUACAAGACGUGCAUGGAGCAGAACAGCGAGUAUCAGUGCGCAGGCAACUUCUUUUGGCAGAACGUGAUGGUAUCACCUACGCCGUCUGUCACCAUCCUCAAGCAGAAUAUCCGCGACGUCGGCAAUAUGAACUACCCCGACCCCUCGCAGCCAGUGCGCUUCAUCCCUCACACGAUCAACAUCGGCAUCCCUUCCGUCGACUUCGACCCGACGGCGCACAUGGGGGGCCUCUCGCGCAUCUCGCCGUGCGAGUACGUGCUCGCAGCGAUCGACCGCUGCUCCAUGGCAAUCGACGCUGAAGCUGAUGAUGCUACGAUCUUGAGCUGGAAGGCGUCUUUCCGUUCGUGUCACUUCAUCUUCAAGGCUAGGGACUGCCUGGCCCAAGCUGGGAUGGGCCAGGGCUGGCCUUGGCGUUGGUUUGGGUCGGCCCCGAAGUUGAUCGACAUUGAAAACAUCCGUUUCGAGUCGAUGAACCUCCGCGAGAAGGCCAUCGGCGACGCAGCAACAGUCACAUGGACAGCCCUGCAGAAAGUGCAGAUAGUCAUGAACGAGGCCGCGAGGAUGCAACACCCCAGUGCCAAAAAGGUUGCUGCUCAGUUCGAGAAGAGGGUUAACUUCGCUCCCAGCUCUGAAAAGUUCGCUGAAGGAUUCGUGGACGCGGCGAUGACCAUCAACAACAGGAUGCUGAGCAUCCCGGCAUGCAGGGUGCUGCUGACCAAACUCGACAACGACAUGGGCACCAACGGCCCUCUGAACUCGGUCUACAAGCUCCAAGCGAUCGUGUCUAAAGGCCGGACGUCGGCCGCCAUCGAGAACAUCACUACCUACCUGGUGUUUGGGUUCGAGUGCGGCCACUACGAGAUCGAAGACCUAUCCGUGAGCAAGCUGCGCAAUGGCCAAGUGGAGCUGAUGAUACUCAAGAGGAGCAUGCUGUCCUACUUCAUGGACGUGUCGUUUCACGAGCUGGGCUUCCCGCCCGACGACGUCAGCCUGAUCCGGCGCAGCUACCAGGACACGGAUGCGGUCAAGGCCUGGGCCAAGGCCCCCACAAACGAGAGGCAGCCAGAUCUCUUCUGGAAGGCUAGCCUUUGCAAGCCCUCGAACCUCUUCAGCGAGUUCAUUGAGAGCAUGGUGUACGACGUCAAGUACGACGCCAACCUGAAGCACGCCUUGAAGUAUAGCAAGACGCCGCAAAAUAUCCUCAGCGACUACCAGGGAAUCAAGGAGACCUACAACGAUAUCCUGACGGAACUCGAGAAGUUCAACGCGCAGAGGGCGGUCAGCGGCUCCGACCCCAGGGGCAGGGUCGCCGAUGCCCCCGAGGAAGCGGAGCCAGAGACACUCGACACCAAGGAGCGGCUGGGCAAGCAGCUGGGCGAAGUCAAGGAUGCGAUUGACGCCGCAGUGGCCGAGGACGCCAAUCACUGGCGCGCCGCGGCGCACAAGACCGUGUCGCAGCAGGUCAAGCUGGUGGUGCAUUCGCAGCCAGACACGAUGCAGCAGUACGUCAAGGAGUGCUCCAUUAGCCAGACCAAGGGCGACCUCGACGGGCUCGUGGCGUAUCAUUUCGACUCGAAGCUCGCAGGUGAGGCCAUCACGAACCCUCAGGUCCGCACGUGCCCGCUGCAGGAGAAGCCAUACUGCCUCCUCGUGCAGACCGUGCUCGCCGGUCGCGCGCCGCCCACUGAGAAGGAGCCUGGCCUCAACCCCGGAGAGAUCGCGCUCCUCAUCGAUGGCGGCAAGUCUGGGAACAAGCGGCCCCUCCUCAAGCCCUGGCGUCCGGUGGCAGGCGAUGAGGACGAGGACGCUGACAUGGACGACGAGGCCGCGCCGACGGCAGCCUUCAAGACGCGCCAGGUCAACCUCAUCAAGAACGAGGCCAGCGUCCGCGCUCGGCGGGUGCGAGCCGUGGCGCGGGGGGCUGGCUCUAUCCCGCAGCUAGAGGCCAUGCACAUCUGCGGGACGGACAUGUCCCUUCCGGAGCAGUCGUGGGGCGAAGGCUUCGAGGGGACGAACAAAGGCACGGCCAUCGCCCCGAUCGUAGUGGACGCCAUCGAGAACGAUUGGACUGAGACGGUGAAGAUGAAGAGGGAGAUCUACGGCAACUUCCGCGUCGCCGUGGGGAACACGGACCCUGGCCAGCCCGACAAGAGGGUGAUCAGGAAGGACACUGACAAAGAGCCAGUGUGCUUCGGGACGCUGCCGAUUAAAUUCUACACGGCCAUCCUGACCGGCUACAUGAUCAAGACGGUGAUCGACCUCACCGUGGGCACGGGCGCUUUCGCCCAGGCGUGCUUGCUGAAGCGCUGCGGGCACGCCAAGGUCAGCUACUUCGGGAUCUGUCUGUCGGAGGCGCACAUGAACGCCGUCCGCGAGCGCCUCGUGUAUUUCGUGCUCAACCAGAUGAUGACUGAGGGAUCGCCCCUCUACAUUGCGAAGUGCGCGGAGGCCCUGAUGCCCACGACCCCAAAGAAAGGAGAGAAGCCGGCUGGCAGCAGCAAGGACUCCCCGCCGAAAGGCGGCGGCGGCGCCAGCGCCGCGGGCUCCAAGGACACCACCAAGAGCGGCGAGCGCAAGGGCGAUACCGGCGACAGUAAGGACUCCAAGAGCACCAAGAAAAGCAAGAAGGGCAAGAAGACGGAGGGCGACGCCUCGUCAUGGGACAUGUCGGAUGAUGGCUGUGUUGCUGAGGGUCUGGAUGAUGAGUGA